ACAAGUGGUUGGAAUUCGAAAACAAUGCAUAGCCCUCAAUUUCCUUUGAGUGAUUGACGGGGCUAAAAGUCUUCCUUAUUAGAAGACCACCCUUUACUGUAGUCAAUACAAAGCAGUAGUAUUUGUUCUUUUAAUUAUGCAUAGUAUAACUAUGGACUAGAAGAAGGUAUAAGAGAUUCAGAGUUGCAUACUUGGUUUAUAUUUUAGUAUAAUUCAUCAAGCAAUACAUUCUUUAAGAGAAACUCUUCCAUCGAUCAUGUCUAUCAUUUUUCUGCUUGUUGGUAUACUUCUAUCCAUUGGACUACAAUUUACAGAAUCUACAAAUCUCCAUUUUACUUGCUCAGACCACAUAAGUCAAGUUUCUGUCACCUUUUCUACGAUAGGCGUUUGCUAUGGAGUGCUUGGCAAUAAUCUACCAUCAAAGCAAGAAGUUGUAGAUUUAUAUAAAUCAAAAGGCAUUGGCAAAAUGCGUAUAUACUACCCAGAUCAAGAAGUCCUACAAGCCCUUAGAGGUUCUAACAUUGAAUUGAUCCUUGGUGUGACCAAGGAAACCCUUUCCUCUCUUACAGAUGCCGGUGAAGCUACAAAUUGGGUCCAAAAGUAUGUGACACCCUAUGCUCAAGAUGUAAAAAUCAAGUACAUCACUGUUGGAAAUGAAAUUAAACCUAAUGACAAUGAAGCCCAAUACAUUGCCACUGCCAUGCAGAACAUUCAAAAUGCAAUUUCAUCUGCAAAUUUACAAGGCCAAAUCAAGGUCUCAACAGCAAUUGACAUGACUUUGAUUGGUAAUUCAUAUCCACCCAAUGCUGGAGUUUUCACUGAUCAAGCAAAUUCUUAUAUACAACCAAUAAUUAACUUCCUGGUGAAGAAUGGAGCACCACUUCUUGCCAAUGUGUAUCCGUACUUCGCUUAUAUUGGUAAUAAACAAAGCAUUUCUCUUGACUAUGUUCUUUUUAAACAACAAGGAAACAAUGAAGUUGGGUACAACAACAUCUUUGAUGCCAUGUUAGAUUCAGUAUACGCUGCUCUUGAGAAAGUUGGAGGUUCCAAUGUGAAGAUAGUUGUGUCCGAGAGUGGAUGGCCGUCUAAAGGAGGAGAUAGUGCCUCAAUUGACAAUGCUGCCACAUAUUAUUCUAAUUUGAUCAAUCACAUCAAGAAUGGUACUCCUAAGAGGCCCGGUGCUGCUAUUGAAACUUAUUUGUUUGCCAUGUUUGAUGAAAAUCAGAAGACUGGUGCAACAACUGAACAACACUAUGGUCUCUUUAAUCCUGACAAAUCACCUAAAUACCAUGUGGCACAGUCGGGUAUCGAGUUGGAUACAACAAGGAACAUUACUGUCAUCUUAAAUAUGAAAUAGGUUUCAAUUGAAAAAUUGAUUAUUUAAAAAUAUAUGUAUCUAAAUCUAGUUAACUAUGUAUAAUUGUGCCAUGUAUUCACAUUUUAUUCUUUCAAUGUCUCUACUAUGCCCGUCUCCCGCAAGCAGCGAGUUUUCUUCUAGAGACGUUUGCUUGCCGGGCUGCUUUUUAAUUUUAA